CCCAGCAAACUCUGGGUGACAUUUUUUUUGCCAAAAGCCGGGCAGUAUGGACCUCACUCUGCUGUUGGUGUUCCUGCCACUGGUGACCACAGCCUGGGGCCAGUAUGGUGACUAUGGUUACCCAUACCAGCAGUACCAGGACUACAGUGAUGAUGGCUGGGUGAAUCUGAACCGCCAAGGCUUCAGCUACCAGUGUCCCCACGGGCAAGUGGUGGUAGCUGUGAGGAGCAUCUUCAGCAAGAAGGAAGGCUCUGACAGACAAUGGAACUAUGCCUGCAUGCCCACACCCCAAAGCCUUGGGGAGCCCACGGAGUGCUGGUGGGAAGAGAUCAACAGGGCUGGCAUGGAAUGGUACCAGACUUGUUCCAGCAAUGGACUGGUGGCCGGGUUCCAGAGUCGCUACUUUGAGUCAGUGCUGGAUCGGGAGUGGCAAUUUUACUGCUGUCGCUAUAGCAAGAGGUGCCCGUAUUCCUGCUGGCUGACAACAGAGUACCCAGGCCACUAUGGGGAAGAUAUGGACAUGAUUUCCUACAGCUAUGAUUACUACAUCCGAGGAGCAACAACCACUUUCUCUGCAGUGGAAAGGGAUCGCCAAUGGAAGUUCAUAAUGUGCCGGAUGACCGAUUACGACUGUGAAUUUGCAAAUGUUUAGAUUAGCCACAUAGAGAAGUCCAGGUGAAGGGUAAAGGGCCAGGUGUCCUGAGGGUGUCAUGUCAUACAUGCUAAUAUUAAUUAGAACAUCUGUAGUUC